AUGGGGAAAGAAAAGGACCCGAUGGACUGCGGAGUAUUGAAGAGGAAUAUUCGUUCGACGGUAACCAGAGGCACAGAUGACGAAACAAAUGCACUCUUCAACAGAUCUGGGGCAAAAGGGAAUCGACCAUUGAAGCAAACAACUAAAAGUUCCAAAGCAAAGUUGGCACAGUUCCACUUGAAAGCUGAUCCUGAGCCCAGUACCUCUGAAUAA